AUCAGUUUGAGUAAUAAACAUAUUUUUAUAACAAGCGAUGUAUACUUUGAUCAAGGUUAAUCAAUAAACAUCAUUAAAUCUGGUAAAUUUAAGUGUUGCUGAAAUUGGUUAAGAUUGUAUUGAAACAAAAGGAGGACCAAAUUGUUUACAGUUGUGAGUUUCAUGCAACUAACAUUGUUUCAUAUCUGUGUAAUCCUAAUCAAUGUAAACCAAUUUCCUGAAUCGAUUUCAAAUAUGGCAAUACAAUGAUGCGAUAAAUGAGACUCCAAUCUAAUUGUAUAAUCACCAUGAUUAAGGAUCUGACCCUGUUUAAUUGAAUAACGAAAUGAAACUGUUUUUUACCGGUAUUGUGUCUGUUAUUAUGAUUCCCUUAUAUUACUGUUGACACAAUCUUUCAAAUGAACUCCUACAGUCAACAAUCAAUUUAAAAGAUUAUUCUUUGCUGGAAAUCAUGUGAAUCUGAAUGCGCACGGAGCAACACAAGAUGGCGACAAGAGACAUUAAAUACAAGCUAUUUUAUUCACUAUUUUGCCCUUGCUCAAUGAAGUCGGCACUUGAUACUUUAACAGGUUUGAAGUAAAGUAAACAAAAGGCUGUUCUCGAGUUAAUCGCAAUAAUUUACUCCGUUAGUCCAGUAUUCCUCAUCUUCGAUUCACUGAGUGUUAUCAUCGCCAUUUCAUCACUCAUCUUUCCAUUCAACUUACCUGGUAACAACAGUUCAACAUUAAGAUACAUUGGAUAACGAACAUUUCUGAUUCGUUGAUGACAAUAACUGAAUAAUUGAAAUGCCUUGGGAAAAUCAAAUUAAAAGAUCAAAUAAUACCCUCAACAUCAACAAUAACAACAACAACAAUGUCAUCAAGUUAAGCUCAACAUCGAGUGGAUCAUCAUUGGAAAAGAUUGGAACAGAAAAGCCGAGGAAAAAGUUCACUAUUCCUAGACCGCCUCAGCCAUUGAUUACUUUUGAUAAAAAUGAACUCAAAGCUCGACUCACUCCGAUACAGUACAGGGUAACCCAAGAAAAGGCCACAGAAAGACCAUUUUCUGGUGAAUAUUUGAAACUUAAUGAUAAUGGAUUGUAUUGCUGCUCAGUUUGUGGCGAAGAGCUUUUCUCAUCUCAAUGUAAAUAUGAUUCUGGUUGUGGAUGGCCUGCUUUUUACGAUAUCACAAAUCCUAGUAAAGUUGCUCUCAAGCCCGAUCUAUCUCAUGUUGGAGGUAAUUUACUUUUACUUGCCAUCAAACCAGAUCUUGUGAGAACCGAAGUCAGUUGUGCCAAGUGUGGAUCUCAUUUGGGACACGUAUUUGAUGAUGGUCCUAAACCGACUGGAAUCCGAUAUUGCAUCAACUCAGCAGCUUUGAAAUUCAACCGAGUUACCAAAACAAUAAACUUAAACGAAGAUAAAGUCGACAAUAAUCCGGAUCUUUCGAUUGCCACCAAAUAAUUUUAACAAAAAAAUGUCAUCUUUUCCUGUUCCUCUUGCUACUUUCAUUCGUGACCUCAUCAUUGAAAUAAUUUCAAAUAAAAAUUAUUAUCCAUUCAA